AUGGGCCCCUGUACCGCCUCCUCAUGCUGCUGCCAGGCCCCUAAUCUGCCAUGGGCCCCUGUACCGCCUCCUCAUGCUGCUGCCAGGCCCCUAAUCUGCCAUGGGCCCCUGUACCGCCUCCUCAUGCUGCUGCCAGGUCCAGAGUCUCUCAUGGGUCCCUGUACGGCCUCCCAUUGCUGCUGUCUCCAUCGCCACACUCUGCCAUGUGCCACUUUCAGGUCUCCUCACACACUGCUGGUGUGUUCAAUUUUUUGUCAUAGGGUGCUGGCAGAUUACGGGCCUCCCAUAGCUGCUGCCAGGCCCCUAAUCUGCCAUGGGCCCCUAAUCUCAUGCUGCUGCCAGGUCCAGAGUCUCUCAUGGGUCCCUGUACGGCCCUCCCAUGCUGCUGUCUCCAUCGCCACACUCUGCCAUGUGCCACUUUCAGGUCUCCUCACACUGCUGGUGUGUUCAAUUUUUUGUCAUAGGGUGCUG